AUGUCAGAUGACUACCGCCGAACCCAAGGAAGUCAGCAUGCAGUUGAGCAGUUGGUGUUGUUGGAUAUUAGAAAUAUGCUCCGAUCAAGGGGGAAGGACAUAAGGUCAUUCCCUUUGCCUGACAUUGAUGAGUCGUAUGACAACUCAGGUGGAGUGGACAGAGAGAUCAUCGAGGAGACCUCGGUUGAGGCAGACCAGGAUCAUGCCUCACUAUUAUUAUCUCUUAAUCCUGAGCAAAAGUAUGCUUACGAGAAAAUACUGAGCUCAAUUGACAAUCGUGAUGGAGGUUUAUUCUUUGUUGAUGGCCCAGGAGGGACCGGAAAAACGUUCCUAUAUAGAACAUUGCUUACAAAGGUCCGGGGUGAGGGGAAAAUAGCAAUUGCUACCGCGACAUCAGGAGUAGCUGCUUCUAUCAUGCCUGGAGGUAGGACCGCACACUCUAGAUUCGAAAUCCCCCUGAACAUACAAGAAGGUGGCGUUUGUAACUUCACCAAGCAGAGUGGGACGGCCAAACUUCUUCAAAAGGCAUCGCUCAUAAUAUGGGAUGAAGUCCCAAUGACAAAGAGACAAGCAGUGGAGGCCCUUGACAAGAGCAUGAAGGACAUCAUGGGCCAACCAUAUGUGCCAUUUGGAGGAAAGACAAUCGUGUUCGGAGGAGAUUUUAGGCGGGUGCUCCCUGUCGUGAGAAAGCGGUCUAGAGGGCAAAUCACAAAUGCAACUGUCAAAUCAUAG